AUGCCAUGCCCGUACAUUUGUGGAUUACGGAUUUCCAUCAAAUCUCAUGUCGUGUGCCAUCAGCUCAUGGAUUUGCCAGGUCCCAGAUGGAAGAAGGGCAAGGACGGCAAGGACUUUGCAGCACUCACAGCAGCCAAUCCCAUGUCGACCAUAAUCGCCCAGCUCCAGGCUAAACUGAGGGACUCAGAAGCCGUGGCGACUCUAGCCGCGCACACCAGGGACGCUAUUCUCGAGGUCGGCAAAGACCCGCACCGGCCGGCCCCGACCGCGGCGGCCUCCUCACGCUGUGAGGAGCCGCCCCAGCCACUGCGAUGA